UAUAGCUCAGCGGCUCAACGUUUGAAUGGAGAAAAUAUUGCCAUGUUUUAAGCGCACUUGAGUGGAAUAAGCACACGAUACAAGAAAGCAUCAUCGGCGUACGUGUGGUCAAAAGAUAAAACAUGGAUAUCGUAAAAUCGUUAGGACACCCGGAGGAAAUAUUCAACCUGUUCAAGUUUAAAAUGGGGGGCUGUCGCACUGUGAUGCCCAAGUUGGACUAUGAAUCCAUGAGUGAGAGUCUGCGGACAUGCUACCUCUAUCUGAACCAGACCAGUCGCAGUUUCGCCGCUGUUAUCCAGGCGCUAGACGGAGAGUUACGGCAUGCAGUGUGUAUCUUCUACCUGGUCCUACGUGCCCUUGACACAGUGGAAGAUGAUAUGACCAUCCCCCUGGAGAAGAAGGUGCCCAUGCUGAAUGACUUCCACACGUACCUUUACCAGGCCAACUGGUGCUUCACUGAGAGCCACGAGAAGGACAGGCGGGUCCUGGAGGACUUCCCCACGAUUUCCUUGGAGUUCAGGAACCUGGGUCAGGCAUACCAGGAUGUGAUCUCGGACAUCUGCCACCGCAUGGGAGUUGGAAUGGCUGAGUUUCUGGAGAAGAAAGUGGGCUCCAUGAAGGAGUGGGACCAGUACUGUCACUAUGUGGCAGGGCUGGUGGGUAUAGGCCUGUCCCAGCUGUUCUCUGCCUCCCAGCUGGAGGACCCCGAGGUGGGCAAGGACACAGAGCUGGCCAACUCCAUGGGCCUGUUCCUCCAGAAGACCAACAUCAUCAGAGACUACCUGGAGGAUAUACAGGUGGCGAGGGCCUUCUGGCCACAAGAGGCAUGGAGUCAGUUUGCGUGUCGUCUGGAGGACCUGGCAGAGUCUGACCAGCUGACCUCAGCCCUGUCCUGUCUCAACCUGCUGGUGACAGACGCCCUGCGCCACGUCCCUGAUGUCAUCACCUAUCUGGCACGCCUACGCAACCAGAGCGUCUUCAACUUCUGCGCCAUACCACAGGUGAUGGCGAUAGCGACCCUCUCAGCCUGUUACAACAACCCUCAAGUAUUCCAGGGCGUGGUGAAAAUCAGGAAGGGUCAGGCCGUCACCCUCAUGAUGCAAGCCACCAACAUGGGUGCUGUGCAAAGCAUCAUGGCCCAAUACAGCCAGGAGAUGCUACAGAGGGUGUCCUUGACAGAUCCAUCCCGGGACAAAACCCUGUUUAUCCUGGGUGUGAUCCAGGAGAGGACUCUCUCCCAAGCCACCCUGGCCUCCCGGACUGCCCACCUCUCCCCCAUGUACCUCUCCGCUGCCAUGAUCCUCGCCGCCCUCAGCUGGCAGUACCUAAGCACUACAGCUGGACAACCUCCCGGCACUGCUGACAUGCAGGGCCAUUGAGCCCACUCAACCCCCACUAACCCUCACCCUGCAUGGGGUGCACGACUGAGAUGCUCCCCUCUCUCCUGAGGCCUGGUUCUCCCUCUCCCCUGGAGGAAUCUUACCCUCCCAUUCACCUGUCCUGUUUAACUCACCUGUGAUGGUCUGUAGAGGCCUGUACUAUGGGAGUCACUGGUAGCAAGGGUUGUCUUAUUGUGUUUGAUAGUGAUUUGCAGUCUUACUUUCCGUAACAUUAUUUUCUAACACAUUGGUCAUACUCACGUCAGAUACACACGGCACCUGGCACAUCUCUCAUUUGUUUUUUUGAUUUGUUUUUAUGUUGAUUUUAGUUAUUUUGUAACCACAACCCUGGUUUUGUUUGUUACAUGUUUUGAAAGGGAGAAUUCCAAUAGAGCUAUAAUGGAUUGGUAAUUUCAUUUUUUUUUAAACAUUAAUUUGAAAUGUGAAUAGGAUUUAGUAAAGUCUUGGACCCAUCACACACACCUAAAGCACACAGCUCACACACAUACAGGACAUUGCGAUUAAGAAACAUCAACUAAACCAUUGUGCAUUUCUUAUAGUUGUUUUUUUUUUUUUUGGGGGGGGGGUUGUAAUGUUAUUUUCAAUAACACAAUGGUUCUGUUUGAUGUGUUUUAUAAGUGUCUGUAUAUCUCCAUAGCAAGAACUAAGAUGAUUGUUUAUGUACAGUAUAGCUACAUGUUGUCACAUUCAAUCAUAGUAAACUGGACACAUCUCAAUAGUCUAAAGUUGCCUCCUCCCCUUGUAUUCUCUACCUCAACUGCACUGAUCUGAAAAGACGUAGCAAAUAUGAAACAAUAUGACAGAAGCCUAGCUUAGCUUUCAUCUAUAUGUCUGUGUCUUUCUCAUUGUGGACAAAGGAAAGGGGACUAGGAGAGGAAGCCACAUUUGUCUUUUGAGACAUGCCCAGUGUAAGACGAUACAGAGACUGGUGGAAGCAGGAUUGCAGCAGAGCACAUAGUAGCAGGCUGCUAAGUGUCCUUAAGACAGAGCUUUGGUGAGUAGGAAGGCUACAAUAGUGUGGUGUAUCCUUGUACACAACCAAAGAAGACAUGAAUAUUGCUAUGUAAUGUGAUCUUUUAAUUUGUAUAUCAUUGAAAAAAGAAUAAAAGACAAUAGUGUUUC